CCCUGGCACGAGCCCGUUUUCCGUGUUACAAUCAGGACAACAGCAUGAUAUAUAAUAAGACAUUGGCACCUUGGAGCUAAUUCGAAAUUGCUACCACAGUUCUCCAGAUACAAUGUCUACCCCCAAAUUCAGGAUCGCUAUCUGCGGAGGGGGGGUUGGCGGUUUGACAUUAGCCGUUGCUUUGUCCCGGUACCCGGAUAUUAUCGUCGACGUAUAUGAAGCCGCUCAGAGCUUUUAUGAGAUUGGUGCUGGUGUCGGUAUCUGGCCCAGGGCGUUCAAGGUCUUACGAAAAUUUGGGCCUGACUUGGAGCAGCAACUGCUUCAGUGCUGCGGUUACGAAUGUCGGACAGAAGAAUAUGUCUUAGCUGCUAAACACCGUAAAGGCGAUCAAGCCGUCGGCACUGAGUUGUUCGACUUGAUGACGAAAGGCGAUCUUAUGCGUUUUCAUCGAGCCCAAUUCCAUGGCGUGCUUCUCUCACAUGUCUCACCGUCCUGCACAACGCACAACGCCAAGCGACUGAAAUCAUACACUCAGCCCUUCAAAGGCCGUUCAAGAAAUACACCAAUUACGCUGACAUUUACGGAUGGAUCCACUGCGACAUGCGAUGUUUUAAUUGGUGCCGACGGCAUCAAAUCCGCAGUCCGGUCCUGCAUGUUGCGUGAAUUGUCCAAGGGCAUGAAUCCCGAUGAAAAACAAUCUGUGCUCUCUUGCAUCAACCCAGUCUGGAGUGGCGUUACUGCAUACCGGACACUAAUUUCCGCAGAGAAACUGCGCGCGCGUUGUCCUGACCACCGUGGCCUGCGGGAGUUUACUACAUACAUGGGAAAAGAUGCUUGCCUGGUUGUAUACCCAAUUUCUCUUGGGCAAUACGUCAACUUUGCAGGUUUCACGCUUCAACGCGAUCUCGUUGACACGGCCUAUGAAAUUGAUGCGGGAAUUCCUCGUCGGUCUUUCGAUGGGAAGGCAAACAACGAGUGGGUUGGCGAACUCACUGCUGAACAGUUCGUCAAGCCUUUCAGACACUUCGAAGACGACGCAAAACACCUUCUCGAGUGUGUAGAAAGAGGCACACUUUGGGCCGUGCACACCGUGAAACCAUUGCCGUCCACCAAUUUCGGGCGGGUCGCGCUCAUAGGAGAUGCUGCCCAUGCAAUGAUGCCGUUCCAAGGCUCUGGUGCCGGUCAGAGUAUCGAGGAUGCUUACUUCCUUGCGACCGUUCUCGGCCAUAAAUCCACGACUUUAGAAACGGUACCCAGGGCCCUCGCCAUCUACGACAAGUUGAGAAGGCCAUUCUCAGCGGAUGUGGCCGCGCGCUCAAGGCUUUGUGGUCAAUUGUAUGCGUUUCAAACGGACGUGCCUUUGCACAAGCUCGGCGACACGAUCACCAAGAAUUGGGAGUGGGCAUGGCUGACGGAGCUAGAUGAUGCUUUGAAAGAAGGUGUCAGGCUUGUAGAGGACAGUUCAAUCAACAUCAGCUGAUAUCAAAGGCAACGGAUUUAAUGUGCAUGUGCCACAUGUAUGCUUCCCGCAUUAUUUACGCUAUCAUCUUAAUCAAUUUGCGCCAGUGUAGUUCUAUGUAGCGGUGUCGGAUAAU